AUGUUGACCGAAACGGGUCUAACCGUGUUCAUUACCGUUAUUAUGGUGGUUACUGGAGCGUGUAAUACGUUAAUUGCCAAGUAAGUAAAAAGAUGAGACUUAUAUAUAUUAUAUUUAUAAAUAACUUUUUUUAAAUUAAAGUAAAUUGUGACUGUUCAUUGGCAAGAGUAAGGCUAGGCCUAGCUGGUAUGCUAGGAUAAGGAAGGGCUCGAAAUUGUGAAUGGGGGGGGUUUAAAAAAGGUCGAUUUGAGUGGAAUAGGUUAGGAAAGACUGCGGGUUAAGAGUGGCGUAAGAAAAGAUAGAGUAAGGUAGAAUAUAGUAACGCUGGGUUCAAUAGGGUAGGUCAAACACUUCAAGUAGUCUAGGGUAGAAUAAAGGAUGGUUCAGAAUGGUAAAGAAGGAUAGGGUAGGUAAAAAGGCCAACUUGGGUAGGGUAAAGUAAGGUAGGGUAGUUUAAAGUAGGGUAGGGCAGGUAGGGCAGAGCAGAGUAGGGUACGGUACGACAGAAUAGAUUAGAGGACAGUACGAUAAAGUAAACAGCAACUAUGAUUUAACAUCUACUUUCAGAUGGACAGACGGUCUAAAAGCUUUAGGCCAACCGUUUGAGCACCCAUUUUUUCAAGCCAAUUGUAUGUUUGUUGGUGAAGUUGGAUGUCUGGUUGUAUUUACUAUAAUAUACAUGUAUCAAAAGUACAAAGAUUGUGCUCCAGUUUUGGUAAAGUUCAAUCCAUUUUUGUUUGCACUACCGGCUAUUUGUGACAUCACUGGGACUUCAAUACAGUACAUUGGACUGAACUUGACUACUGCCAGCAGCUAUCAAAUGCUUAGGGGUGGGUUUUGAAUAGAAUUUUUAAAUUUUUAGCUGUUUUAAAUUUUGAAAAUUUUUAUUUUUUAAAUUUUUUUGAAAUUUAAUUUUUUUUUAAUUUAAAAAAUUUUUUUCGAAAUUUUUAAAAUUUUUUACAGGCUCAGUAAUAAUAUUUACCGGCCUCCUAUCAAUGCUAUGCCUAAAAAUGCAGCUAGCCGGCUUCCGAUGGCUAGGCAUGAUUCUAGUCACUCUAGGCUUAACAGUAGUGGGCCUAUGUGACAUGUUAGAGAGUAAUACCAAGCCCAAUGGAGAUGAGAUCAUCUUUGGAGAUAUCCUGAUAGUAGGCUCUCAGAUACUGCACGCAGUACAAAUGGUACUGGAACAGUCGAUUCUACAAAAGUACGAUGUUCCACCAUUGUUGGCUGUGGGCUUGGAAGGAACGUUUGGAAUGAUAAUAUUGAGUUCUUUGUUAGUACCAAUGUACUACAUUCAAGUACCAAAGACCUUUUCACAUAACCCAGAGCAUCGAAUGGAGGAUGUGUUUUUUGCCUUUAGGCAGAUUGGAGAACAACCACUCAUUGCGUUUGGUCUGGCUGCUAUGAUUGUGAGGUAAGGGACUAAUAACAGAAGAGGCAACAGUAAACUAAAGUUAGCAGGUGAAUAGGGUUUGGGUAGGGUAAAAUGAAGGUAAGGCUAAAACAUUAAGCGGUUAGAGGCUAGUUAAAGAAAAAACAAGAAAGGAUGCAAUAGAACGGAGUAAGGUAAAGCAGGGUAGGGUUAAAGUACGGGGAGGAAGGGCACGCUAAAGCAAAGCCAAGGUUAGUAUAAUAAGGUGUUAGGGGCAAUAACAUUAUAUAUGCAUUAGAUUAAGGUUACAAAUAUGAUUAAAGUCAAGCACGAGAAAAGCUACAGGAUAAGAGUAAGAUAGAGAAAUGUGGUACAUUAAAGUUAUAAUAGGUAAGGUAAGAGUAGGGUAUGUGGCUCGGGUAGAUAAGAGGUAAAGAGUGAGUUAGGGCAAGAUAGCAUAGGUUAAGGUAAGGUAAAGAAGUGUAGAAUACAGUGAGGCAUGGUGGCAUAAAAAAGGAUGGAGUGGGAUAGGGUGGGAGUGAAGUAGAAGAUGAUAAGAUAGAGUAAGGUAAGGUAGGGUAGAGUAGGGUAGGGUAGGGUAGGGUAGGGUAGGGUAGGGUAGGGUAGGGUAGGGUAGGGUAGGGUAGGGUAGGGUCGGGUAGGGUAGGAUAGAGUUGUCAUACAACGUUUUGAAAACUUUGAUUUUAGUAUUGCCUUCUUCAACUUCUCAGCCGUAACGACUACAAAACGUCUUAGCGCUACAAGUCGAAUGGUGUUAGACUCAGUACGAACACUAAUCAUUUGGAUGGUCUCUAUACCUCUAUUUGGAGAGAAGUUUAUUCCAUUACAAGUAAGGGUCUAACGUCAUAUCAAAAGCGACUUUAUGGUAAUGUAUGACGGUAACAUAAUUUCCUACGGUAACACAGUUACAGCUAUUUACUUAUCGUACUAUAACGGGUACUUUGACAUACUAUAGUGCAUUUGCAGCACAUUAAACAAGAUAAUAUGUAAAUUAGUAUUAGAACUGAUCUCCGUAUUUUACCCUAUUUUUUAGAUCCUGGGCUUCUUAUCUUUGAUACUGGGAAUGUUUGUGUACAAUGAUGUAUUUAUUGGUCCAAAGAUUCGUCAAAAGAUAUUGCCAAGACUCCACGAAACUCCAACUUCAGUCUUUUGUGCUCACUUUUGGGGCGCCCGAGUUGUUCAUGAUGACGAGGAAUUGCUGUUUAAUGAUGAGGAAGCGGCUUAG